GUUUAUUAAGAUGCCUAGGAUAGGUCGUUUCACGAAGAAAUCAAAGGUAGACUCGUUAUGUCAGCAAAUGCAAACAGGAUCUGUUGCGGCUUCAUCUGUGCCCCAAGUGGUUGGUCUAAUUCCCCCCUCUGGUGGUAUUGGUGCCGCCCCGACCUCAUCUUUACGCCCCUUUCGACCACCCCGUACCGAACCACUGCCUGCUCUACAGCCUCCCAUGAAUGGUGCUCAACACUCGGAACCGCCUGAUGAAGACUUAGACCCAGAGGCAGAUGAGGUAGAUUCUUUUGAGCAACACGUUGACAACCUAUUUGCUGCAUCAGAGGCUCUGAAGUGCAAGAGACGCAAGACCACCGAAUUUUGGGAUGUUAAAAUAAUUGAGUCUGAUGGGACAAUCAAGCAACUUCAUUUAAGUGUGAGAGAGGCUAUGAAGCCACCUAACGGUAGAAAGAUCGUACUAAGGUUCAACAAUAGACUGCAACCAGUUGGAAAUAAAGCUGGUAUACUAAGCGGCGUUGUCGAAAUGCUAGGAUCUGACUACACCAAAUUCCGAAUCUGCGAGAAGGACUGGAGAAAGGUUCGCUCUAAGGACAAGAUAUAUAAUGAAUGUGUAAAGGAAUUAUUCCAUUUUGAAGAAGAUAGUGGAGGAAUUAUCAAGCGUAUAGUAUUAAAAAUGCUAGGAAGGGCUUGGAAGGACACGAGGAACCAUUUGUAUCAUUACUUUUACAAAGAAGAUCUGACCCUUGAACAAAAUAUUAAAGGCCAUCCACCGAGAAUUACUGCGGAUCAUUGGAGAUGGUUCCUUGAUUAUCGCAAUAGUGAAGAAACAAAGGAGAAGUGUAGAAAACAUGUUGAGAAUCGAUUGAAGCAGUUAUACAUUCAUACUGGCGGAUCGAAAAGUUUGGCAAGGCUCGAAGAAGAAGAGUCGGAACGACAGGGGCGUCCAGUUAGUAGGGGGGAGUUGUUUGUCUUAACGCACAAACGAUCUAAUGGAUCCUAUCUCCAUGAUGCAGCUCAGGCUAUUGGUCUGUGUAGGAAAGAAUUGCGGAGAUGAGCAACAUGAUGAAUCAUCUAGACUGUUGUCUCAGAAUGAUUCACUUGCUCAAGCUCUUGCAAAGGAGCACCCAGGUAGAGUGCGUGGCAAGGGAAUCGGACCGACUACUAGUCAAGUGUUCGGAACGAAUUCAUCUCAAUCGAGCAUUAGAACUCAAAGGGAGGAGACCCAAAGGGUGUUGCUUGAAUUGCAAGCAGAGCUGGCGGCUGAGAAAUUAAAAAGGAAGGCAAUGAAGGAUGAAGUAGCAGCCGA